AGGGCGGGUGGGAAGAUGGCGGCCACGGCGGCGGGCGGGCCGCCUGGGAAGGGGCACGAGAUCAGCCUGGCGGCCCUGCGACGCCACGACCCCUACAUUAGUCGCAUCGUGGAUGUGGCCAGCCAGGUGGCUCUGUACACUUUCUUCCACCGGGCCAACAAGUGGGAGAAGACUGAUGUGGAAGGAACCUUAUUUGUUUAUACAAGGUCUGCCUCUCCAAAGCACGGAUUCACCAUUAUGAAUAGGCUCAGCAUGGAAAACAGAACAGAACCCAUUACUAAAGACCUGGACUUCCAGCUCCAGGACCCUUUCCUUCUCUACAGAAAUGCCACAUUGUCCAUUUAUGGAAUUUGGUUUUAUGAUAAGGAAGAGUGCCAAAGAAUUGCAAAACUGAUGAAAAACCUCACUCAGUGUGAGCAGUUGAAAGCCUGUCAUGGAGCUGGAGCAGAAUCCUCCCCAGUGACCCUGAGUUCAGGAGAGGGCAGAGAAGUAGAUAUCUUACAGAUGCUCACCAAGGCCAAAGAUGAGUACACCAAGUGUAAGACCUGCUCUGAGCCCAAACAGAUAACCAGUUCUUCUGCCAUCUGUGACAACCCUAAGCUUAUCAAACCUGUCCCCGUGAGGCCCAGUGGCAGCCAGAGGCUACCAGAACCCCCUCCCAACAAGACCUUGGACCCUGAGCCCCAACACUUAUCUUUGACAGCUCUAUUUGGGAAACAAGACAAAGUUCCCUGUCAUGAAAUUCUGAAACCCUCCCGGCCCUUUGCCCACCACCACCACCACCAUCACCACCACCACUACCACCAGCAAGAGCAGCUUCCAGUUCAUCAAGGAGUUGGAUGCUUCCUGUCCUAUGAAGAGCCCAGAAUGCUGUCACUGCCUGUGGAGAAGCAGCUAUGCCCAGCCAUUCAGAAACUCAUGGUGGGGAGCACAGGGCCGCACCCGCUGCCACAGCACCCUGAGCAGUGGCCCUGUGAAAGUGGCAGCCCCAGUCCUGCAGGGCCAGUUCUCCCUGCUCCUGUCCAGCUGGGGUCCCCCUGGAACGGAGGGACUGCACACUGUGCACAGAGCACUUGCAGAAACCACAAGCUAUUCGAGCAGCUUCAAGGUGCCGCAGGGGCAGCGCAUAAAUAUAAGCCCUGUGCCCCUGCCAGCCUGGCUGUGGCCACUCAGCUGGCUCCGUGCCAGAGCGUGGCCCCGUCACAGCUGGUGUAUUUCAGUGGCCCCCUUCCUCCCCCCACACCAGGACAUCAGGCUCUCAGGAAGGAGCAGUGUGCACUGCCAGCACAAACGCUGCCCCCCUCUGGCAGCCAGGAGAACAGCCCCAGUGUGCUCCCGACCCAGGAGCUGCUGAGAAAGCUCCAGGUGGUACAUCAGGAGCAGCAGCUCCAGGGGGCCUCCCGGCCAGCCUUGGCAGCCAGGUUCCCCGUGUCGGCCCAGAGCUCGGGGACAGAGAAGCCUGUGGAAGCCUGGGCCAGCAAGACAGCCAGCAUGGAGAAUCCGGCUCCUCUAAUGCAGAUCACCUCAUCUCAGUGUGCUCCUGCUCCAGUGGCUUCUCUGCUGAUGCCCCCUGUGGUUUUCACACAGUCCACCUGUGCCCCACUGAGGGAGACUGAUAAUGGCCUCAUGCCUCUAGGAAGCCAAGAACUUCCUGCUGCCUCCUCCAGCCUCCUUCUGCCCCUGCAGAACUGGGAAUCCUCCACUAUGGCCAGCAGGCCCCUCACCAGGCUGCAGCUCCAGGAGGCACUGCUGAACCUCAUCCAGAAUGAUGACAACUUCUUAAGCAUAAUCUACGAAGCCUAUCUCUUCAGUGUAACACAAGCAGCCAUGAAAAAAGCCACGUAAGCGACUCCAUGAGAGCAGAGACUGGGAGAAUUGGCUUUCUAGGUCCUUCACGUGAACUGGGUGACCAAACAUGUUUCUACCUUUUUGACAAAGUAUAGUAAUACAAAGUAAAAUGGUUUUGGACUGUUGAA